CGGAUAAUCCCAGAACUAGGGAUGCCAGCGCAGUUUUGGCAAUUGCCGGCGACGAGAGGAUGGCGGAGAAGCCUCAGCGAGGUAAUAGCUUCCAUGGGGCCGCUGGACAUGCACGGGAGCAUGCUCGGGACCGGUAUGAUCAGUGGGUCUAAUGGAAUUGGUCUGGUAGAGUCACAGCAGGGGAAGAAACGCCGCGCCGAAGCGUUGGAGCUGGAAAAAGAAGCUGAGGAGUGGUCGAUGCCGACGGCGUCAGGGUCACUAGGAGGCACGCGCAAGAUCCGGCUGGGGAAGCGAUAUCAAGCGGUUCUGCCUGAACUUCGGACGAGCCCCAUCGCCCAUCCAACGUCGUCGUCUUCCUCCACCGACGUUCGAGGGAACCUUCCCCGACAAAUCUUCUCGGCCGACGCUCUCGCAGAGUCUGUUGAACCGAGCGACUUGCACACGUACCUCCAAUUCGCAGCGUUGCUUGCUCCGGGGUACACACACGGCACUUCCCACGCCAUGGUUGCGAAUGCGCUCCAUCUGCUCCAUCAACACAACUGGAACGUCGCGUCGGCAUCGUGCCAUCUCGCUGCAUCUCAUGCAUACACGCCGCCACCGAGCUCUCCCGCUCUCGACGCGUCGGACGUGCCUCGCGCCAAGAAGCAACAGAGCGUUCCCGUCAAGCAUCAGCAGUGGCUUGUUUCAUUCUACCUCGCAUUUGCCGCGCCAUCCUUUACAGAAGCAUCGUUGGAGUCGCUCCGCGCACUUCAUCGCACUUGCCCGCUGGCCGACACUGCCACGGAAGCCGCGGUCCUCAGCGAGUUUCUUGCACGCGUUGACGAGUGGACAACUGCUGCGGUCGAUGUCACAGACGCUGCUAGCGCAGCCGCAUCGCCGCCAUCCAAGCCAACCACCAAGAGAGGUUCCUCAACACCACAAUGUACUGAGUCUUCAUCAUCUAAGGCACCCACCAGCCCGGCAGACCUGCAUGCACUCUUGCACACCGCCACGGCGCUGCGCUGCCACGACCUACCGCUCGUCCGAUCCAUCACGACUCGCUUGGACGAAUUUGAACUGGCCAAAACGCGCCUCCUCGACGUCCUUGACGCGUGUGUGCGUCCCAGCAGCAAGUCGUUUACGGCGUCGACAACAACGAAAAAAGCGGUCAACAACGCGUCCGCCACGAGCACGUCGUCGAGUAAAUCCAUCAACUUGGACCAGCUCAAGGCGUUGCAUGCGCACGUUCGGUCGUUUGGACUUGCAUUUUCCGAAGCGGAGGCCGUCGACGGCGUCAUUGCCGCCGCGGAAGCGAUCCGAUUCGAAAUCCAAGCACUGCUCGGCCACGAAAAAGUAAGUGUCCCCGCGAUCCGCGACGUCUUGGCCAAGGUGGACGCGAUCCCGGUCGACCUGACCGACGACGUGGCGCCACUCAAAGUCAAGAUGACGUCGGCGCAAAAAUGGCUCGAGCGCGCGCGCAAGUGCAUGCCCCCCACCAAGCGGCAGAGCUCGCGCAUCACAGACACGUCCACGUUGGCGAACGCGGCCACCCACGGACGGUCCAAGAUGCACCUGGAAGCGGUGCAUGAGCUCGUGCAGUGCGCGCCAGUCGACGAAGCAUCGAGCGAAGUGCACGAGAUGGAAGGUCUGCUGGCGUACGCGGACGAGUGGAGCCAGCGUGUGCAAGCUGCGAUGGCCGCCGCUGUCCCUGUAGACACCCUCCGCGAGCUGCUGGAAGAAGGGGAGGACAUGCCAGUCGUGAUGGAGCUGACGACGGGUCUCAAGGCGUGGAUCGACGCCCGCAAGUGGGAAGCGACGGCGGUGGGCAUGACAUCGCCCCCCAACGACGACAACAAAAAGCAAAAGCACGACGGGAUCGUCCCGUGCUCGCUCAAAUGCUUGCACGAGCUCCUCGACGAAUCGCGGGACAUUCGGCGACGGCUUGGUCCGCUCGCCGAGUCGUGGCGCCCGCCGAUCGAGCGCACGAUUCAAACGAAUGUCGAGGCGGCCGAAGCGUGGGUCGUUCAGUCGCAACAGGUGCUUGGAAUGACGACGUGGACCAAAGUGAUGGGACUCGACAAGCGAGGACCGGCGGACGGUCGGCGCGCCAAAGGACCCGCUGCUGGAGGAGCGAGCGGCGUGACGGCAGGUGCCAAGCGGCCCCUUGCCGACCUUGAAGCGGUCGUGAACGAGCUCCACUCGUCGUCGGUCGGGCAUCCCAAACCGGAACUACGCGACGAAACUCGACACGUGAGCGCAGAAUUAGCCGACGGCAAGCUGUCCUCGUUUGUCGACCUCUCCGAGUACCUUUCUCCGCUUGAAGCCCUCAUCGACCGCGGAAAGGACCUCCUGGCGUCGUGCGCCGCGCUGGAUCUGACAGCGGCGAAUGCGUACGUCACGGCGGUCGGUCUUGUCGAUGCCAUGGACGCAUUCCCCUGUCGCCUGGACCAAGGACACGCUCUUCGAGAGCAUGUGGCCCAGGCCAAGGCAUGGCUCGCCUCCGUCAACACCGUGUGCGGCAAGGAGCGCGCUGCUCCUCGGUCGUCGUUAACCCACCAAGUCGGCACCCCGUCGACUCGCCGCGUGUCGAAGAAAUCGACGCUGUACGAAAACGACGUCGCGCCAGUCGUCGCAACUACUCCAUUCCCGUCGACGUCGUUGGACGACCUGCGAGCGCUGCAUGCCACAGCGCUGGCGUUUUCAUUUACGGACGAACGUGCUCGGAUGCUGGACGAGAUUGAAGCAGUCGGGGCAUGGCAAAACCAGGUACGGCAUGCCCUUGCAAGUGAAGUUGCGGCGGCGGCAUUGGCGAGCUGUCAGGAACUACAAGCCCUCGACGCGGCGCGAGCCGUGCAGUGGACAACGCGCCAAGCCACACGGGCCGGCAACGCCGAAGUGACGCCGUUGGCGGCGGCGCUCGAUGACGACAACGUCAAGCAAGCCAUGGCCAACGUCCUGAUUGACGUGGCUCCCGCGAUCGAGACGACGGCCGACCGACCGACGAGUGCGGGGGACGCCGUCCCUGCCGAGACAGUCGCGCUUGGCGACGCUCUCGUGAAUGUGAUUCAAGUCAUUUCGGGCUGCCGCACUGGUGGCCAGGCCGAAGGAAAGGACGCAAGUUCCGACGGCACCCGCUUGGGCGCCGUCGACUGGACUCCGAUGUUGCAUGAGAUUGAUCGGGCACUCGGGCACAUUGCGUCGCUGGACGCCAAGGAAGAUGACGAGUGCCCGCCAGUCGUCGCGGAAGGUGAAAGUACGAGCGCCAACGAGCGCGCGGCCGUGGCGGCUAUCGACGCAUGGAAAGGCCAACUCGAAAGCGUGUUGAACGCACUGCAUGCAAACGUGUCGACGGCGGAAGUCGUUGUCAUCACGUGGCUGCUCCAUGCACUCGAUUGGGUUGUCUCGAGUCGGUCGCAUUUCGUGUGGGCGUUGGAUGGCGACGCGAGCGACGACGACGACGACGGGCCGUCCCUCGACGCAUCCAUUGCGCAAGGCCACCACCUCCGCGCGACAUGCCCCGCGUCCCUGGUCCAUGAUCCGUCCAUGCAAGACGGUCCUUUCGUUGCUUCCGACCCGUGGAGCCACGACGGCUCGUGGAGCCGAGCAACGUUGUGGCCUCUGGAGCAACUGGAACGCCAACGGGAUGCCGCCAAGACGUGGGAGGAUGCGCUGGAAAAGCGCUUGAACGAUCGCGCGCUCGCGCUGCAUCAAGUCGCGGCCGUGCUGGCGGACGCGGCCGCCGUCCAUGCCGACGACCGCCCCGUCUGGAUCGAACUGAAAAAGGUCAAGACGUGGCUGGUCAAAGUCAAGAAGGUGCUCAAGUCGAAACAGACGGUCAAGCUGCCGCUCCACUCGCUCGGGAGUGUCGUAGACGAAGGCGGGAAGGUCAAAAUCUCGACGGGAGUGUUUACCGUGCUCCAAGCGCACCACGACGCGGCAGCAGCAUGGGAGGCCAAGCUCAAGGCGAGUGGGUUGGACGCAGGGCAGGCCAAAAUCGCGACGCUUGUGGACCUCCUCGGCGAAUUCGACGCGCGCAGGUUCGUCGUCGACAUGGACAUGCAUCGAGAAGUGCUGGUUUCCGCGACGGAGCAGUACUGCAUCUGCCGCCAGCCGUACGAUGGCUUCAUGCUCGGGUGUGAGUUGUGCGACGACUGGUUUCACGACACGUGCGUUGGGAUCUCCAAGGAGAAGGCCGAGAAGGUCGCCGACUACGUGUGCCCGUCGUGCGGGUUGCUGCAAGAGUUGAAGCGCCUCGUGGGGGUGGCGGACGAGCUCUCGACCGAGUUGCUCACCAACGAGUCGGCAGCAACGUACGAAAAAGCGCUGGGAGCUGCCCUGCGCAAAGUCAAAAAGGAAGAGCGCGACGUGGACAAGUCGACGAUGGCGCUGGUGGACCUCCAGGCUCAAGUGACUGCGAUCGGCCAGCACGUGAGCUACCUUGAAAAGAUGGCCCACGACGCACCGACGAGUGACAAACCUGGCGUUCUGCCGAGCCUCGUCCAGCACAACCCGCUCGCGCAUCACCACGCGAUGCAGCUCUUCACGGGGUACCCCACGCCGUCGGCGCUCGUGCGCAGUUUACCCAAGUUUCCAUCGUCGUCCGCUGCGACGACCCACGGAUCCCAGCAGCAGUACUUGCAACCGAUGCCGCCGCCAUCGUCGCAGACAUCCCCUUCGUCGCACCACGUGAAUGGCGGCGGCCUCACGCUGCCGCCGCUCCCGAACGCAACAACGACGUCGUCGCUGCACGUCCUCUUGGCCAAGCCCACCGCCACGCAAGGGUCGACAGACGAUGCAGCGGCAUCCUCGACCCCGUCUCCGUUCCCCGCAUCGACGUCGGCGCCGACGCUGCCACCCACUUGUCCGGCCACAGCGACGGCGUCGUCUUCGCAAGAGAUCGAGCUGACUCGGUUCAAGAUGGAGCAUUUCAAACUCAAGCAAAUGGUCGUCGAAGCCGACGCGGCGCUGACCCAAGCCAAGGAACGGCUGCGGCUAGCGCGCGCCGCGGUCGACAAUCUCGUCACGACGCGGGAUGUGUGGCGGCCCAAGGCGCAGCAUUGGUGGCAACAAGUGCAGUUUGUGUUGACGCAGCUGGUCGUGGACAAGAAGGCAUUCGACCUGCGGCUGUUGAAGCAGUGGGCGGUCGAGUGCGAAGCGUUCUGCGACGCGUUUCCGGCGGUCCAGGGAAUGAAAAAGGUGCUGCAUGCGAUUCCGUGGACGAUUGACGUGUUUGCGCUCCUCCAUGGUACACCCAAACCGUCCUACGAAGCAUUGGAGAAUGUGCUGCGGGAAAACAAAGUGCAUGAUGCCAAAGUGCUGCUGCCGCUGCGGGGUGUGCUUCAGCGCACGGACCAGUGGAAAGCGCGGACGCAAAAGACGGUGGCCAAGCUCUUGUCGGCGAAAAAAGUCGACGUGGCCAAGAUUCAGGCUGUAGUGAACGAGUACCUCAAGAUGCCACUCACGUGCUCGUGGGGACGCAAGCUCGAAGACCUCGUCGUGGCGCUCGAAACACGGGAUCCCGUCUUACCGCUGCCAACAAUAGAGAUCACACCACCAUCGUCUCCUCGACCGUCGUCGGAAGCCCUCGACGCUCUUGUGACCUCGGCCGCGCCCCCGGCUGUGUCAAAACGCAAGCCCAGUGGGAGCAGUCGCGCAGGCGGUGGAGCUUCCCGAAAACGGGUCAAGGCCACCGAUGCGGCACCGAAUGUCGUGUUGAAGAUGGCUGUAUCUCAAGUCACGGCGAAGGGUGCGAAAGGCGGCUCCCGAUCGCCGGCUGCCGCCUCCGUCGCGCUCGACGCACCUCCUCGAUAGAAGUCGGGUCAAGUUAGGUGACGAUAGUGUGUUGAUUGGUUCAAAAGAAUAUGUUGGUUUCAUUUUGGACCAAUCAAAUGGUCAAGAGUCAGAAGAAAUAUUG